AUGGGUUUUUCGGAAAGAUUCCCUCGAUGGAUUACAGGAGUAUUAGCCAUCGCUCAAAUUGUGAUCACUGCAGCUAUUGUCGGUCUCGAAUUAGGAUCAUCGUACAUUGAUCUCGGUCACGGUACUAUAUGGGCUGGAUACUGGUGCAGUAUUGUUUUCUUCUACACAUUUCUCAUUAUGUUAUUUAUCACUUUUUGUUGUCGAGGACGAUGUUAUGCGUUCUAUGUGCUCAUCUUGAACAUCUUGAGUGGUCUAUUGGCUUGUGUUCUCAUUUAUUUCGAUCAAUUGUUUAUGAAUGAUCUAUGUAAAUGUUACUUAGGCGACAAAUUGUGUUGUGCAGUACGCGGUAUUCCAUCAUUAACAUCGAAUUAUUCAGGUAUUUUGGAUGAUUGUACCAAUGCUGUAAAUCAAGGUACAAUAUCUACACGCGUCUGUCCAAGUGUACCAUAUGAUAAGUUACCAUUAGUCAAAGCACAGCUAGCGUUUGCUGUUGGUAUGCUAGUUACUUGUGGACUUUAUGUUGUGCUAUUUAUCUUUGCUUGCUUCGGUGUUUGUUUCGGACACGGCUAA